AUGACAGUGCCGACACCAGAACGGUCACUGGCAGGGGGCAAGGUGAAAGUCUAUCGCGUUGGGCUCACCGCGUUUUGCACGGCGGGGGUGUCGGUACCCGCGUCGGCGCAGGCUAUGGUGUGCGUGAUCGACCGAGCUUCGGUCAAGAACGCUGUGGACCGCGAAGCCGCCUCUGGCCUGCACGAGGCAUUCGUGUCGUUUGCGCACGACGCCUCGCUGUGCGUCGCCAUCCUCGCUGGGGCAGGAGGGACGUUCUGUGCCGGUGCGGACCUCAAGUCAAUCGCGUCCAGCUCCCUCGCAAGCGCAACGGGCAGUGAGGGCAGCAAUCUGCUCGAUCCGGAUAUGGAUGCCAUGGCUCCCAUGGGCGUCACGCGGCUGGCGAUGAACAAACCCGUCAUCGCGGCGAUCUCGGGCUUUGCGGUGGCAGGUGGCCUCGAGCUGGCACUUUGGGCCGAUCUGCGCAUCGCCACCGCGUCAGCAAGCCUGGGCGUGCUGUGUAGGCUACGUGGAGUACCCCUGAUCGACGGCGGCACCGUUCGCCUCCCUGCACUGAUCGGUGGAUCGCGUGCUGCGGACCUCAGCCUCACGGGCAGACUGGUGGGUGCGAAAGAGGCACACCACAUGGGGCUCGUCAACUACAUCGUCGCGGACAAUGCCGAGGCCAGCAAGGGGUGGGAGGCUGUGGUGGAAAAGGCGCUCGAGGUGGCAGCGGGUUUGGCGAGUGUGCCGCAAACGUGCAUGCUCAACGAUCGCAGCAGCAUGCUCAAUGCGCUCUACCCCGCAUCUCACCACGAGCAAGCAGGCGUGGACCUGCGCCUCAAAGGUGCACUACGGCAGGCCAUGCAGCGCGAGUUCGAACUCGGCCUGCACAGCCUAUCGCAACUCAUGACCGAAGGCCAGGUGGGCGCCUUUGUCAACCGUUCCGCCGACGAGAAGCAGCAAGACCGCUCGCGUCGCACCAAGCUCUAA